UGACAACAGGUGCAACAGCUGCUAAUGCUAGAUCCCCUCUUUUUUAGUGCUCCAAAAAACCAAACCAAAAGUGCUAAUUAAUAACCAAAUAAAGAAAGGAAGGAAGGAAAAUCUAUAAAAUAAUAAACAUAAUUUAAUCAAAAAAGAAAAUGGGAAAGCUGCUGAGCCUACUGUCACGCGAUGACUCGAAUUGUUGCGCAGCCAAGUCCUAUGAUGUCUUCCUGGAUUUCGAGAAUGCCGCACCCACGGAAACGGAACGCGAGGUCUACGAUGAGGUGGAGCGAGUACUCCGGGAAUCGGAGGAGGUGCUCGAGCAGAUACAGAUCUAUCGGGGUGCUGGCAAAGAAAUUCGAGAAGCCAUCGCUGAUCCUUCCCCGGAGGUAACUGGAAAGGCCUGGGCGGCAGUGCUGCCGUUGGUGAAUAAACUGAAACGCUGCUACGAACACUCCAUGGAGCUGGACAAGAUUGUGCCCAAGCUGCUGGGCCAGCUGGUGGGCGGGAAGUUGAAUCCAACACAGCACCUGGAGACACAGCAGGCGCUGGUCAAGCAGCUGGCCGAGAUCUUGGAGUUUGUGCUAAAGUUCGAUGAGUACAAGAUGAAAACCCCCGCCAUACAGAACGACUUCAGUUACUACAGACGCAUCGUAAGCCGACAACGUCUGGACUCUACGGAGAACAUGCUGGUCAGCACGGAGCUGGCCAACCGGAUGUCCCUCUUCUACGCCCAUGCCACGCCUAUGCUCAAGGUACUGAGCGAGGCCACCUCAAAGUUUGUCAAUGAUAAUGCCGAUGAUGUCCAGAACACGACAGAGACACUCGGCACCAUGGCCAAGGUGUGCCUGAGGAUGCUCGAGAAUCCAAAACUGCUGCAGCAGAUUGAGCGGGAGGACACGAAAAUGCUGGUGCUCCGUGUGAUGGUGGGCCUGGUGAUCCUCUACGAUCAUGUCCAUCCGGAGGGGGCCUUCGUCCGGGGCGCCCAUGUGGAUGUGAAGGGAUGUGUGCGGCUGUUGCAGGCGCAGCCAGCCAUCAAGGCGGAGCCCCUGCUCAACGCCCUGCGGUACACGACAAAGCAUCUGAACGAGGAGAACACGCCGAAGAACAUACUCCGCAUGCUGGCCGCAUAAUAUCGGAUAAUAUUAUGGGAGAGAUUGAGGAGAGAAUCGAGAGAAGAUAAUUCAUUAACGUUAAUUUUAUGUGUAUGCGUAUCGAUUUAAAUGGUUUUAUUUUAUUUAUGUAAUUAGUAGGCCUCUGUAUUAUUUGUAAAGAUUGUGAACGCGAGUGUGUUGUGUGCUGGGAGA